AUGUAUUACAGUAUUGUGAGGGAGAGUGGAGCUUCCAUAUACAGUGUGACAGAUGUAGCCAAGCAGGAACUGCCAAAUUUAGAACCAUCUUUACGAAGUGCAGUUUCCAUUGCCAGACGUUUAUUGGACCCUCUUGCUGAGUUUGUGAAGGUUGAUCCUAAACACAUCGGAGUAGGACAAUACCAGCAUGACAUGCCAGAGAAACAGAUGCAAACUUCCCUGGACUCAGUUGUGGAGGAGUGUGUCAGCUUUGUGGGAGUGGACGUCAACACGGCUAGUGAACAUCUCCUCCG